CCGUUCUGUUGACGAGCCUCAACUCCCUUUCACUAACCCUCUUUCAUUGCUUUGUCUUACGUCCUCUCCAGGUCUAUAUUGCUUGGUCCGCUUGUUGCUUGACAGCCCGUUAACUCCUUUAUCGGCAAUCAAACCCAGGAAGUAGUCAGUCGGCACAUCACGCCAUUGUGUGACGUAAACAAUCAACGCGGGCUUAGAAAGGCACGAGCGCUUACGCAGAGAGCUCCUCGUUGUGGAGCUUGCAACUGCGGUACAACAAUAUAUACACCAAGUACAGGGUGAAGAUCACGCGACUGUCACUGGCCUGAGGGGUAUACCAAGCGGUCUGCCUUUCAACGUCCACCUCUACAGCUUGCUUCUUCCCGUCUACACUCACACCGCCUUGAACUCUUGCCAUGGCGGACGACGCUGCUGAGCCACAGUCAUCGACUGCAUCCCGCGCCCGCCGAUCGUCUUUUGCAGGCCAGACCUUUGCUGAUCUAUUCGGCACCUCACGGCCUCGUCCGUCCAACGAGGGCAACUCUCCACCGCAGCAAGGCGGAGCGAUUACACAGGCAGCCGCCCAGGCCCAACGCCGGCGCCUGUCAAUCUCAACACUCGGACUCUCCGGAUCACCAACCGCCUCACCGUACGGUUCGUUCCGUGGCAGACAAGAUAGUGUUGGGUCUGCCAACGGCUCAUUCGACGAGUCAGCCAUCGAAGAAGAGACCGCACCGCGUGAUCCGACUUCGGCCGGCACCCCAGCAACACCCUUCGCCAGGCGUAUGAGCUUUGGUGCACGUGCUCUCAGAGAUAGAGGCACUGCGGGAGGUGCUGGAGGAGGAGGCGGCACCGGGCAGAAUGGUACUAAGUCACCGCCUGCUGCUUCUGCGAACCCUGCCACUGCGAAGCCACAAACCGGCACAAUCUCUUCCCGAGAUGCCAAGGGUCGAGGCUCGACCGACUUCUGGAAUGAGAACGUGCGUGCUCGCGCCGAACGUACUUCGUUUGUUGGCGGCGGUGGGGGCAGCGGCGGCAGCGGCGGAGGUGGCGGUGGGUUGACAGCACCACCUGUGCAUCAGCGAGCCAAGAGCAUCGCUGUGAUGGACCCACCGAUCCGCGAGAUGCCGAAGGAGUCGCAGCGGCCAGAUCACUUUCAGGAGAGGAUCUUGAAGGGUGACUUCUACAUGGACUGAGCAGAGAGUCCGAGGGGACACGCAACGAAUGGAACGACUUGAUGAAACGGUUGACGGCUGCAGGAAACAGCUGAGGGCAGGCUAUCGGCGAAGACUAUUGGUUUGAGCCGCAGGGCGUGCGCGCCAAGUCAGGUCUAUGUGCACGCAACGGGCAGCCCUGGCAUCUUGAGGGCGUUAACGCUCGUUAAACCUUUUGCAAUGCAAUCCACGAUAAUGACGGGACCGGUACGCUAGGAACAACGGUGAGGCCAACGUGACUGGCAAAUGUAACAAUAGCAAGCUAUCAACAACGAAGAAUUAGUCACAAAGCACUGACAAGACCUC